AUGUCGGCCGCUGGUAGAGGUCGAGGACGACCUGCUAGAGACAGAGGUCAAGGAGGCGCCAAUCAGGGCGGUGCAGGCCGUGGCAUGGGCCAAAUAGACGAGGCACUUCAAAUGCCGAAUCCUAAUGCGGAACAAGUUCCCAUGACUACAUACAUAAGGGACAUACGCAAAUUAGGAGCUAUUAAGUUCGUUAGAGCUGCUGAUCCACUUAAGGCCAAAAAAUGGAUCGAUGACAUGGAAAAGUAUUUUGAGAUGAUGGACUGUACUGAAGUGCAGAAAAGGAUGAUAGCUGCAUUUUUCUUGUGGGGUGAGGCACGCCAGUGGUGGCAAACCGUGACUAGGACUACUGUAGACAUAGCUGCUAUGACUUGGGAAGAAUUUAAGACACAGUUCUAUGAAAAACAUUUUCCGCGGUCCGUGAGAAAAAAGAAAGGAAUUGAAUUCAUGGAAUUAGAACAAAGCAAUACAAUGACGGUUAGUGAUUAUGAGAUAAAGUUCACGGAACUCUCUCGAUUUGCUCCUCACAUAGUAGCUAAUAAGGAACACAAGAUUCGAAAGUUUGAGUGGGGUCUGAUCUCCCAUGUCAAAAGAUUGGUAGUCGGGUAUAGGUGUGACACUUAUGCAAAGGUUGUGGAAUGUGCCAUGGCAAUUGAAGAAAAUAACAACAAUAUUUUUCAGAAGAAAAAAGGAGUAACGGUCACAAAAGAAAGGAAAAGGAAAGGGUACUUUCUAAGAAGCUCAAGGAAGUAA